CUGUCACUGACACUUGAAAAGCAGUUUCACUUCCUUUAUUUCACAUAAAGUGAACAAUUUCAGAGCUGCUGUUCAACACGACAGUUCAGAAGAGAAGAAAGAAAAGUCUUCAAAUAUUGUUUGAGCAGUGAGUGAGUGAAGGACGAUGGCAUCUGCUGAACAGCAUUGUGACACACGAGAUGAGAUGGAAGAAGACAAGCUGAAACACAAGGAAGUCCAGAUGAGCAGCAGAGAUCACAGUGAAGUCAGUGUUGAUCUGAAUGCUGAAACUGGAGGAACUGCAAAUGUUCCUGUACUCACUGGAAACACCAUCACAGCCCCAGUGAACAUCAUCUACAACACUGCAGGAAACGCGCCACAAAAAGCCUCAGAGAGACAGACGGAGAAGCACACAGUAGAUCAAGGCUCAACUGCAGAGGACAGUAAAGCUGCUCUUCAUGAGAUCAGCCGCAGACUGAAGAACAAAUUAAAACAGGAGUAUGAACGAAUAUUGGUUGGUAAUUCUCAGACGGGUCAUCAGAAAUACCUGAACAAUAUUUACACUCAUCUAUAUGUGGUGGAGAAUGAGACUGGAGGAAUAGUGAGUGAGCACGAGGUGAGACAGAUCGAAUUCAAACAAUUUGAUGCCAAGGACACACCAAUCCAGUGCAAUAACAUUUUUAAAGUCUAUAACGGUCAACGAAACAGAAGAGUGCUGACGAUGGGCAUCGCAGGUGUAGGAAAAACAGUCUCUGUCAAUAAAUUCAUCCUUGACUGGGCUGAAGGAACAGAAAAUCAGGAUAUUGCAUUAAUAUUUCCUCUUCCAUUCCGUAGACUGAAUUUGAACACAAAAAACUGCAGUCUAAUGGGACUGCUUCACAAAUACUUUAGUUAUCCUAAAGAACUGGCCUCUCUUCCUGAUGGUGACGGUAAAAUCAUGUUCAUCUUUGAUGGGCUGGAUGAAUGUCGCUUCCCUUUGAACUUUAAAAAGAAUGACGGAUUUACAGAUGUUCACAUAGAAACAACAGUGGGUGAGAUAGUUACAAGCCUGAUCAAGAGACAACUGGUUCCUUCUGCUCUCAUCUGGAUCACAACCAGACCAGCAGCAGGCAGUCUGAUACCCCGAGACUACAUUGAUCAGGUGACUGAAGUGCGAGGAUUCAACGAUGAGCAGAAAGAGCAAUACUUCAACAAAAACAGCAGUCCUGAGGUUGCUGGAAACAUCAUCCGUCACAUCAGGAAAUCCAGGAGCCUGUACAUCAUGUGCCACAUCCCCGUCUUCUGCUGGAUCUCUCUCACUGUUCUUCAGCCUCUACUGGCUCGAGAGAGCAAUGACAAAACACCAACAACUCUCACAGGGAUGUACACAAACUUCUUACUUACUCAGCAGCAAAAGAUGAAAGCAAAAUACAGUUAUCCUGAACCUAAAGCCAAUGCCAGGUCUUUUGAUCAGAUUAUUCGAAAGCUUGGGAAACUGGCCUUCAAACAGCUGGAGAAAGGAAACCUGAUUUUCUACAAAGAAGAUCUGGAGGAAUGUGGACUAGAUGUCAGUGAAGGGUCGGUGUUCUCUGGGUUAUGCACUCAGAUCUUUCAGGAGGAAAAAGCGGUUUCAGCAAGAAAUGUUUACAGUUUCGUACAUCUCAGCAUCCAGGAAUUCCUUGCUGCUCUCUAUGUGUUUUUGAUUAGCAAAGAUAAGAAAGCAAAGCUACUUUUUCAAUCCCUGAAAGAAAAACUGACAUGGACACUGUCCAGAAAGACACUGUUUCAGCUUCAUAAGGCUGCGAUCAACAAGGCUUUACAAAGCGAGAAUGGACACUUGGACCUUUUCCUCCGGUUCCUUCUGGGUCUCUCUCUGGAGUCUAAUCAGAGUGACCUGAAAGAAUUAGUGCCACGACUGAAACUCAAAACAGAGAACAUGAAAAGCACUGUUGACUAUAUCAAACAGACAAUAGAGAAGGAGAAAUCAGUGGAGAGGACCAUCAAUCUCUUCCACUGUCUAAAUGAAAUGAAAGAUGACUUUGUGGAGGAAAUCCAGAAGAAUCUGAGCUCAGGAAAGCUUUCAGCACAGAAUCUCUCCUCUGCUCAGUGGUCUGGUCUGGUGUUUGUGCUCCUGAUGUCAGAAGAGACUCAAGAGAAGUUUGAACUGCAGAAAUACAGAAGAUCUGAUGAAGCAGUGACAAGACUCCUGCCAGUGAUCAAAAACACAAGAAAAGCACUGCUACAAUGCUGUAAUCUCACUGCUCAGUGUUGUGAGAGUUUGUCAUCAGUUCUACAAUCCUCAAACUCCUUCCUGAGAGAGCUGGACCUGAGUAACAAUGACCUACAGGAUUCUGGAGUAAAGCUUCUUUCUGAUGGACUGAAGAGUCCAAACUGUCAGCUGGAGAUACUGAGAUUUUCCAUAUGUCAUCUCACUGCUCAGUGUUGUGAGAGUUUGUCAUCAGUUCUACAAUCCUCAAACUCCUUCCUGAGAGAGCUGGACCUGAGUAACAAUGAUCUACAGGAUUCGGGAAUGAGGCUUCUUUCUGAUGGACUAAAAAGUCCAAACUGUCAGCUGGAGAUACUGAGGUUGUCUGGCUGUAUGGUGACAGAGGAAGGCUGUGGUUAUGUGUCUUCAGCUCUGAGUUUGAACCCCUCACACCUGAAAGAGCUGGACCUGAGCUACAAUCACCCAGGAGAUUCAUUCAUUGAUAAAUUCAACCAUCAAAACUGCACACUGGAUAAACUUAAUGUGGAUCAUGGGGGAGAGUUCAGGAUAACAGCAGGACUACACAAAUAUUCCCAUCGGAUCACUCUGGAUCUGAACACAGUGAAUAAACACCUCCGUCUGUCUGAGAGGAACACAGUGAUUACUGGCACUGACACAGAGCAGUCGUAUCCUGAUCAUCCAGACAGAUUUGAUCGUUUUCCACAGGUGUUGUGUAGAGAGAGUGUGUGUGAUCGACGCUGUUACUGGGAGAUUGAGUGGAGUGGAGAUUAUGAUGUGUCCAUGUCAGUGUCAUAUAAGAGCAUCAGCAGGAAGGGACGGGGUAAUGAGUGUGUGUUUGGAUAUAAUGAUCAGUCCUGGAGUUUGAGCUGCUAUUCCUCCAGUUACUCAUUCUGGCACAAUAACAUACAGACUGUUCUCCCUGUAGAGCCCAUCAGCAGCAGGAGAGCAGGAGUGGAUGAUGAUGAUGAUCACAGGAGAGUAGGAGUGUAUGUGGAUCACAGUGCAGGAACUCUGUCCUUCUACAGCGUCUCUGGAGACACAAUGAUCCUCAUCCACACAGUCCAGACCACAUUCACUCAACCGCUCUAUCCUGGGUUUGGUGUUUAUUAUGGAUCAUCAGUGAAACUGUGUUGAUGAAUCAGAACAGACUGACGAGAGAUUCUACCCAUAAUGCUUUGAGCUCAUGAUGAAUCAGUGACAGUGAGAUGAUAUAGAGUCUCUUCAUUACAUUAAUACUGAAAUAUCAUGACACAAUAAAUGUGUGUGUGUGAGAGUGUGUGUGUGUGUGUGUGUGUGUGAGAGAGUGUGUGUGUGUGUGUGAGUGUGUGAGUGUGAGUGUGUGUGUGUGUAUGUGAGUGUGAGUGUGUGUGUGUGUGUGUGAGUGUGUGUGAGUGUGAGUGUGUGUGUGUGUGUGUGAGAGAGUGAGUGUGUGAGAGAGUGUGUGUGUGUGUGUGUGUGUGUGUGAGAGUGUGUGUGUGUGUGUGUGUGUUAAUGACUCAAAAUCACAUGAUUAAAUAAAUGUUGAAAUAUUGUAGUAAAUGUUGAACUGCAGUGUACAUGUAUAUUGUGUUAUGUGUCGUUAUGAGGAGCAGGAGUGACACUUAAAGAUUUAGAUCCACUAACCCACUGAAAAAUAACAUCAACAAUCAAUUUAUCAAUUUAAUCAUUCAAACAUAAAUGGACAUUUUUAAAUAAAUACACAAAUUUAAAACUGUUUAUUUGAUUCAUGUAAUAAAAAAUAGAUUAAUUGAACAAUAAAAAGUACAUUAAUAAAUCAUUUUAAAUCACUUUUUAAAAAGCAUUUGCCAAUAGCUUUUCUUUAUCCAUUUGUCAAUCGAGUUAAAAAUGCCAUUGGUCAGGACACACGUGGAGCAACCAAUCAACUUUCACCUCAGUUUGAAGAGCCAAUCCUCUGUCAGUUGUAAAUGUAACACGCGCUGUCAUUGGACAGUGAGAACAACUAUUUCUCAGAGCCGUUAAAUGUGAGAGUUGCGACACUCCGCCUACUUCUCUACUAUAUAGUAGGAGAAAAGCUGUGGAAGUUUUUUCCUAACAAAAUUAAAAUGAAAAUUCAAAUGCUUAAAAAGAUCAAAUAAUAAAUCAAA